AUGGGAUACUCAGAGGUUUGGUGCCAGCUUUGUGGCGUCGGAUUCAACAUCGGACGCCUGCGCACCCCAGAAGAAGUUCGAGACCCGCCCGCACUAUCUGCCCAGCUGCUCCUCGAUCUCGAACGCUACACGAGGAACGCACGUAACAAUGCAAUGCACCGCUGCGAUCAAGUCGGCGACGGCAUGGAAGGCUGCACAAUCCUCAAGCACACACCACCUGGUAGACCAUACGAGGAAGAAGAGCACGUCCCAGGCCCGGAAUGCACCGACAAAUCUGGCUACCACGGGCAUAGAAUCUCAUUGAAGGAGAUGCACGGUUGCUGCACCUUCCAAUGCCUGAUUCCCAAGACGGACGACUGGCACUCCCAAGACGACGACCAGGAGUUCGAGAGGCGCGGGCAGUACUUCCUCAGCGGCCCCUCCGACCACAUGCCGUCCACGGACAUGUACGAUCCUAGCACGUUCCCCGAGCGACAUGAUUCCUACACGCCCUUGGUGAGCGAGGAAAACGUGAACGGGAGGGCCAUGCCGUUCCACACCGCCUGCUUCGAGGUGUUCAAGCGUGCCUCGCUCCACAGGACCGGCGGCAUCGACAUCCACGGCCUGGUGGGCUGGUUCCGUCUCGAAGCCGACCGCAUACGGUGGUCCCGGUCCUCGCGGUCCGAAGCCGUCCGCCGUGGACAGGAACAGUGGUGGUAUCACAACAGAGGAGACGAGCACCUCGCCGCCAACCCGUGCUUCGUGCCCGGCCUGCAGGAUAUCUUGAAGAAGACCUACACGAAGAAACCCGUGCCCGAUGAUGACUGGGAACGAAGCGUCACUGGCGCUGAAGCCUUGGCGCCGUCUCAAGGGAACGGGAAAGACAGGCUCGCUGUGUUGCCCUGCGAACUGCGCCUCCAGAUCCUCGCCGAGCUGGAGUCGCCGGACACCGGGAACCUCUGCCUCGCCUCCCCCGCGUUCCGCAACCUGCCACAGUCCAUCUUCCGCAGCAUCCUUCUGCGCACGAGGCCCUGGCUAUGGGAGGCGUGGUGCACGCUGCCGUACUCCUUUUGGGCGACGACCACGUCUUCCUUCCUGGAGGCGCAGAACGAGAGAUUCAGCGAAGCGUACAACGCCUUUAACGACGCUGCCGAUGCCCUGUUCGAAGACGACGACAUCGACCUGACGGAUUCGCAAGAGCAGGAGAUUCUGUCUCUCAAAGUGCAGGCCGCGGAAGCCCUCGAUGGCAUGAACGCCUGGCAAAAGGAUGUCGACGUCGUUGCGCUGCCGCCCGCACAGACGGACUGGCGGGGGAUCUUCAUCGAGACGGAGAGCCGGCAGGCCGAGAUCCUGGGCUUGGCGAACCGGAAGCGGAUCUGGACGGAUUGCGAAGCGAUUCUGGACCAGAUUGAGAAGUAUUGGCGCGAGGGGGCGAUUCAGCCUGCGACCGAGUGGCCGGAGAGCGAGUGGACGGAUACUGAAUCGGGCAGUGAGUUGGAAAGUGAGUCGGAGAGUGAGUCGGGGAGUGAGUCGACGCAGAGUCCGAGAAGCUCUGAUGAGGGCUCUAAUGAGGGUUCUGGUGCAUGA